AUGUUUGCGAUAAAUUUACAGGUCUCGGUUUCGGUGCAGAUGACGCUCGAGCGCAGUCCUUACAAUGGAGCGCCACGUCUUCGAGUUGCCAGAUGUGCUGCUAGUAUAGGAUACCUCAACGUAUAUAUAAUAAACGGUGGUCUCAUUGGUGACGUCAUUAACAAUAAUUUCAGGGGUAAAAUCAUAGCUCAGGCCCAAGCAAUGCUUCCAGCAAAAAUUUGUGGAAUGUUACCACUUUUAGUGGACGAGCGAGUAAACACGCUUUUGUCUCGUCUGCCGCAAGCAAUCCCUUUGAUGCAAAUGGUUUCAUACAGCACUGCCUUGACCGCCAAGCCACACAGGCUGCCGGAACAUGUUAGUCACUAUCACCUUUUGCAGCAUAGAGAUAUUAGUGGAAUUUUUUCUCAAAACCAUCUGUUCAGCGCAAGUGACCCACGGACCGAACAAGCUGAAACUUCUUUUGAAUUGUUUAAAAUCCUAAGCCGAUCCGUCUCUUGA